AUGCCACCGAAGCCCAAGGCAACGUCGCCGACGAAGAAGAAGGCCAAAGAGACCAAGGCCUCGGAUGCUAUUGCCUCGGACACGCCCAAGAGCGGCGACGUACCAGCCCAAGCCACCGAACCCGACGACGCCGACAUUUACCACGAGCCUGUCAAGAAGAUUGUCGUUCCAGACAACCAGCUACGCCUCAAUGAGCAAGAGCUCAAGGAAGAGUUCUCGCGGGUCCUCACGGCCAACGACCCGAACGUGCCCAAUAAUAUCACCAAGUACAACUACAAGGAGCGCAUGUACAAAGUUGAUCCCCCGGGACCCGGCGACAACUUGUAUCUGCACCUCGCGCUCGAAGGUUCGAUGAUCCACAAAGAGUCGGAAGACGCCAAGGCCCAAGCGGCGUACGACAUGAAGAAGGCCGAGGAAGAGAAGGAAGCACGGGAUGCUGCGAUCAAGAUUGCCAAGGAAGAGGCCGAGGCAAAAGGUGAAAAGCUCGACGAGACGGCGCUCCAGUUUGAGUCGGGGAAGAACCAGUUCAACUACAGCGAGCGGGCGGCACAGACGUACACGAACCCGCUGCGGCAGCGGUCGGUGGAGACGGAGCCUCCGCCCGUGCUCAACUACAUGGCCACUGUGACGCAGUGGGAUAUCUACGACACGUACAUGGACGCGUACGAGCAGCACCAGCGCGAGCAAAUUCAGCUCCAGAAAGCGGCUCAAAAGAAAGAAAAGGAAGAGAAGGACGGUGGAGACGUCGCGGUGGCUGCGACCGCGGCAGUCGCCACGAUGGGCAAGAUCCUCCGCGUCAUCGAGCGCAUGGUGAACCAGAACGCCGAGGACGAGAUCUUCCAGGAUUUCAAGUACUGGGAGGACGCGUCCGACGCUUUCCGCGAAGGCGAGGGCUCCCUCCUCCCGCUCUGGCGCUUUGCGUCCGAACGCGCCAAGAAGAAGCAAGUGACGGCCGUGUGCUGGAACCCUUGCUUCUCGGACCUCUUUGCUGUCGGGUACGGCUCGUACGACUUUUUGAAGCAAGGCUCGGGCCUCGUGUGCUGCUACACACUCAAAAACACGUCGCACCCCGAGUUCAUCUUUGCGACCGAGUCGGGUGUCAUGUGCCUCGACUUUCACCCGCAACAGCCGGCGCUUCUGGCCGUUGGCUGCUACGACGGCACGGUGCUUGUCUACGACGUCCGCAACAAGGUGAAUCGGCCCAUCUACACGUCAACGAUCAAGACCGGCAAGCACACCGAUCCCGUGUGGCAGGUCAACUGGCAGGAAGAAGACCUCGCGAAGGAGCUCAACUUCUUCUCGAUUUCUUCCGACGGUCGCGUCGCCAACUGGAUCAUGAGCAAGAACGAGCUCAAGAUGGAGCCGGUGAUGCAGCUCAAGCUCGUCAACACGGUCAAAGACGAUCCGGAGGAAACGUCGCUCUCGGGGCUCGCGGGUGGCUGCUGCUUUGACUUUAACCGCUUCAGUGAGCACCUCUUCAUCGUCGGAACGGAGGAGGGCAAGAUCCACAAGUGUUCCAAGGCCUACUCGGGCCAGUAUCUCGAAACGUACGCGGGCCACCACAUGGCAGUCUACGCCGUGCGCUGGAACCCGUUCCACGACCGCUGCUUCCUCUCGUGCUCGGCCGAUUGGACCGUGAAGCUCUGGGACCACAGCCUUCCGGACCCGAUCAUGUCGUUCGAUCUUGGCAACUCGGUUGGCGACGUGGCCUGGGCGCCGUACUCGUCCACAGUGUUCGCUGCCGUCACGAGCGACGGCAAGGUUCACGUCUUCGACCUCGCCGAAAACAAGAACGAGCCGCUCUGUGAGCAAAAAGUGGUCAAACGCGCCAAGCUCACGCACGUGACCUUCAACACGCGCGAGAGCAUCGUGCUCGUCGGUGAUGACCGCGGCGGCGUCAACUCGCUCAAGCUGUCGCCCAAUCUACGCAAGAUCGCAGUCGUCGAUGGAGAGGACGUCGCGACGGCCCUCCCGCUCAAGCUCACGAAAGACCGCUUGCGCACCGAGCACGAAAAGGUCGAGAAACUCCUCAGCACAAACGACAACAAAGCCUGA